AUGGCACACAACACUGGCGUCAAGCGAGACAUCCCUAUCAAGUUGGGCGACUUCAGCGUGAUCGACUCUGAGUUCAGCAACAUCCGCGAGCGUUUCGACGCUGAAAUGCGAAAGAUGGAAGACGAGAUGACCAAGUUUCGUUCCGAACUCAUGAACAAAGAGUCGAACUUCUUCAAGACCACAUCCAAGACAUCACAUGUGGAAGAAAAGUCCUUCUCUCAAAACACAAUCUCGUCAAACCACAGUGAUUUGCCAGCCAGCCGACUAACUGGGGCUACACCUAGUGGUUGGGUCGAAAGCAUCAACUCGCCACUGAUUCAAGAAGAUGGCGACAACAAAAUGUUGAAACUCAGAUUCGACGUCAGUCAAUAUGAACCCGAGGAAAUCGUCGUCAAAACUGUCGACAACAAACUAUUGGUACACGCUAAGCAUGAAGAAAAAUCAGAUUCGAAAUCUGUGUACAGGGAAUACAACCGGGAAUUCUUACUUCCAAAAGGUACCAAUCCGGAAGCGAUCAAAUCAUCUCUUAGCAAAGACGGCGUGUUAACUGUUGAAGCACCGUUGCCUGCCUUAGGAGGGCCUGAUAAAUUGAUUCCAAUCUCGCAUCAUUAAAUAUUUUUCUAUCUAGUGAACCACUUUUAGAAUGCAUAAACAUUUUAAUUUUAAUUUUAAUAUCUUAAUUUUUAAUUAAUUCAUUUUUGAAAAAAAAAUGUUGUUUUUAAUUCCCUUCAAUAAGUCAUUAUAAUUUUUUGUUUCCAAUGUUAAAAACAACCAUACAAUAUAUAUAAUAUGUUAUCUAUGUAAACAGCGUAAAAAUUACAACAUAUAUUUAUUAUGAUACAAAUGUAAUAUUAUAGAGCUUUAAUGCUUUAUACAACGCGAUCACGUUGCACACCAUAAUAAUGUAUGCCAAACAAAAUUUACGCUAGUUCCUACAAUUGUUUCUGUAAUCACUGCAUUGAAGAUUGAAUAUAUUUUUAUACACAUAAUAUAUAUUUAGCUAGAUACACAACUUUAUGUUAUAACUUAUAUAAUAUAUUAUAUUAUGUUUCCAUGGUAAUGAAAAUAAGAAAAAUAGAUGCAAUUAAUUGGCUAAUGUAUUCAUUAACAUAUUAUAUAAUAUAUAAAUUCUGUUCGAUUGAGAAAACAAAGAAAAAUUGUAUUUUAAUAAUUAUUACUACAUUUUUAUUGUUAUAAUAUUAUCUAUACUAAUAUAAAUUAUUUGCCUU